UCUCCACUCACAUCGUCGUUUCUCUGCAUCGUAGCGGCGCGGAACGGUGAGAGGCGGCGCCGAAAAAGGGGGCUUGGAGCGGGUCGUGAGGGCGGUGCAAAAGAGGGGAGAAAGCAAAGAGAAAGAGAGAGAGACGGUCCCCAGUUUGAAAGCCGGUAAUUAGUGGCAGAUGAACGGAAGCUCCGCUAUACCAUCGGAGCAACGCGGGGAGGAGAGGGUGGAUGGCAGCCUUCUGCCGCAGAGAAAAAAAGCCCAAAUUAGGCUGAUUUCACACGCAGCUAUACCGGCAUCCCCACUGCAUGCACAACGCCUCACCUUAUCUUAUCUUGCGACUCUCACCUACCCACACACCCACCCACCUCGACCACCCAUCCGGCUGUCUGCUGACUUGGUGAUGCAGGGUGGAGCUGGACGCAUGGACAGCCGGCAGGAUAAUAUCUCGGUCUGAGUGCGUCUUAGAUGAUCUCCGUCAUCACCGGGUCGGUACCCCCGCUCUCCUCUUUAGGUAUGUACAGCCUGGCUUUGGUAUAGUGCAACUACAACGUGUGUUCGGCGCACGCUGCGAACAGAACUACUAGACAGUUUUGGGGGGAGACGCUUAACAAGUCUAAUUAUGAGAUCACUUGGGCUCUGCGAUUUUUCUCUUGCGCACAGAGCCCUGCAGUUUGCAGAAGGCGCGGAACGCAGCGGGUUACUGACUAUUAAAUUUAAAGUAGAGCUGACGAUAUAAUUUCUGAACGCAAAGCAGAGAAAUGCUGGCUCAUUUUGCAGCCUUCUGUCCUUUGCGUUAUUCCAGCGGAUGAGAGAACCCCGGCAAAGGGGCGCCCCUGUGACCGGAGGAGGGUUGGAUUCUCCCCGGCUGGUGACCUCCUGCUCUGGGGGACAAAUCCUCCCAGCACCGGGCAUCACCUCCUCUACCCCGGACAGAGACCCACGGAGCCCACCGAUGCGUCCGGCAGCCCCUGAUGCUCGGCAGUGCUCCGGGGCUUUCCGGUCGGUGGGAGAGGCUCGAGCCGCGGCCGCGCGCUAGGAUGCUGCGCCAGGUGUUGCACGCGGGCCUGAGGACCUCGUUCCACGCACUGGGUCGGUUCGUGGCGAGCCACCCGGUCUUCUUCGCCUCGGCACCCGUACUCCUCUCCAUCUUGCUGGGUUCCAGCUUUAGCCGGUACCGCGUGGAAGAGGACGUGGAGAGCCUGCUCGCGCCCAAGCACAGCCUGGCCAAGAUAGAGGGCAACCUCGUGGACAGCCUGUUCCCAGUGAACCGUUCCAAGCACGCGCUCUACUCUGACCUGCAGACGCCGGGCCGCUAUGGGCGCGUGAUCAUCACCACCCGAAAGGGAAGCGUGCUGGAUCCGGUUCAUCUGGACGCCGUACUAAAGCUCCACAGACGGAUCUACCAGAUGCAGGUAACCGUGCCAGCAACAGGCUUCAACAGUUUCAACUACUCCUUCUCCAACCUUUGCCUUCUUGAUGACAAGAAUGUCUGCAUCAUCGAUGACAUCAUCCGCGCCAUGGAGGAGAUCCAGUCAGCUCGCAACUCCAAUCGCUCCGUGCCCGUCCUGAGGUACCCCAUCACACAGCUGGCAGAUGGGCGGCAAGCAUACAUUGGCCACCAGAUGGGUGGUGUGCAGGGCUGGGGUCCUGGGGGGGCGAUGCGAGUUCAGGGAAUGGGAGUGAGGGGAGAAGGUGUCCGAUCUGCCCGGGCGCUGCAGCUCACCUACUACCUCCAAGCCCCAGGCGGCCUGAUGGACCGGGUGGCCAGUCAGUGGGAAAAGGCCUUCUGUGCUGAGUUGCAGCACUUUACAGAGUUGCACCCAAAGUUGGGCCUCUACCCUUCUACUUCAUCUUCUCUGAGGACAGACUUCCAGUUCUCCUCAGUGCUGGCACGUCGCCCCCUGUUGGCCAGCCUGGGAGUGUGUGGGGUGCUUGUCGUCCUUUGCUGCUCCAUGAGGGACUGUGUGAGGUCCAAACCCUGGCUGGGAUUGCUAGCUCUGCUGUCCAUCACUCUAUCAGGCCUUACUGCUGCUGGGAUACUCAACCUGACUGGGGCCACCUACAACUCCACGUACUUGGGGAUCCCGUUCGUCAUGCUUGGUCAUGGGCUGUUCGGCUCCUUCGAGAUGCUAUCAUCGUGGAGACGAACCCGUGAGGACCAGCAUGUGAAAGAGCGUGUUGCAAGCGUCUUCGAGGAUGUUAUGUUGCGUUUCUCUGGCUCCACCAUGAUCCACCUGAUGACCUUGGGCCUGGCCGCCUCCCCGCUCACCAACAUGGAAGCCGUCCGGCUCUUCUGCCGCACCGCUGCUCUGGCCAUUACCAUCAGCUAUGUUUACAUGUUGUCCUUCUACAGUUCCUGUCUGGUGUUUACAGGCUACCUGGAGACCGGGUACAGACAUGGCUGCUUCUGCCGGCGAGUCCCCAAACCGGACCGUUUGGACUCUAAACCGGCUUGGUACAGGUGUUUAAUGUACACUCGUUACCAGGAGGAGACCCAAGUGACGAAUCCUCCACACGGGAUUGGUCACACUCACACACCAAACCCUGACCUUACUCACACGCACCCUCACCCGCAUACAAUGAACAACCCCGCUGUUCGUGGACAUGCUCAUGUUGCUAACUCCACUCACCCACACCCUCACCCACAUUCCACAGCAAGCACGGACCCUCAUCCUCAGGACUCACACCUUUUGUUGGGCUGUGUGCGGCGUUGCUAUGGAGACUGGAUCACUAACACUUAUGUUAAACCCUUUGUGGUUCUGCUGUAUCUGGUUUACAUCUCAUUUGGAUUGAUGGGAUUCCUACAGGUGACCCAGGGUUCUGACCCCAGCGCACUGGUUGCAAUGGACACCGCAACAGUAUUGUACACCCGAGCCCAGCAGCGUUACUUCAGCUCAUACUCUCCUGUGAUUGGAUUCUACAUUUAUGAAAGUGCCCCUUACUGGAAUGCCUCAGUGCAGCGGGAUCUGCUGGAAUAUGCCAAAGGCUUCCAGAGAAUAAGCUGGCUGGAAGCUUACCUGAACUACCUGUCGGAUCGCAACCAGUCCACCAGCCAGCCGCGGGAAAAUUUCACCCACACGCUACGCCACACCUUUCUCCGUGAGCCGCAGUUUGCUCACUUUGCGGAUGACAUUAUAUUUGCAGAGCGCGGCCAGGGCGAAGAGCCUGAUGUGGCAGCUUCUCGCAUAUUCUUGGUUGCCAAAACAACGGAGAACAAGCGCGAGGAGAUGUCAGUGCUGCUGGACACGCUGCGACGCCUGUCACUGACCUCACGAGUCCGCUUCUUAAUCUUUAACCCUUCUUUCGUCUACCUGGACCGCUAUGCUGCGGCGGUCAGCUCCCCACUUAGACACUCACUGCUGGCGGUGCUCUUCCUGUUGGGUCUCUCCUCUCUGGCUGUUGUGGAGCCCCUGGUGUCAGUGUGGCUGGGCCUCACCCUGCUCUCUGUCCAGUUUGGCGUCCUGGGCUUCAUGACCUUAUGGGGUGUAGAGCUGGAUUGCAUGUCUGUGCUAUGUUUGAUCUCAGCUUUGGGGCACUCAGCAGACUGCAGCGGCCCUCUCCUCUGUGGCUUUGCUGCAGGUCGGGGUGAAAGCAGGACUCGCUGGGUGAGAGUGGCACUGGAGAGACACGGGGUUCCCUCUCUACAGACUCUCAUCUGUUACGGCGCUGCCCUGGUACCCGUUGGCUCCAUACGCUCCAACCUCACACGCACACUAUUUCGCUGCCUCACCCUAACAGCCGGUUGCUCGGCCCUGCACACGCUGGCAUUCCUGCCCACCCUCCUCACCUUCCUGCCCCCCUCCAAGAGCCGGGGCCAUGGACCUGGAGGGGAAGGACAGAGACAGGAGGUGGAGUGUGUUGAAAUGAAUGACAGCACCAGAGUUGUCGACCAGAUCACCACCGUCUGAGGAUGGGAUGAGAAGAGAGGAAGACAGGUUUCUAGUGCACAUGUUACCUGCUUGUUGCUAGUGCUGUGUGGCAUGUGAGUGAGGUGUUUCCUAAAAAGCUAAUGAGACAUUAAAGUUAAUCCAGGUUGUGAUGUAAUCACAGAGGAAGUGCCACACUUUUCACCAAAACUUGCUUUAGAUUCAGUCACUUUGUUUGGCUACUGCUGUCUGUUCACCAUAUCAAGUUGCACAACUACAGCUCCAGUGACAUGAGGCAAUCAUCUGUAUGACUCAAGUAUUUCUACUUUAAUGCUGGAAAAAUAAAGACAAAAUAAAA